CCGUCCCCAGCCACAGCCCGCUCGAUGGCGUCGCCCAGCUUCGUGCAGGAGCAUGUCCCGUCGCUCGCUGCGCCGCUCGCCCGGCCGCACGUCACCCUCACCUGGGCCCAGUCCCUCGACAGCAAGAUCGCCGGCGUCGCGGGGAAACGGGUCGUCCUCAGCGGCCCCGAAAGCAUGCUCAUGACACACCACCUCAGAGCCAUCCACGACGCCAUCCUCGUCGGCGUGCACACCCUCGUCCUCGACGACCCCCGCCUCCAAACCAACCUCCUCCCGCCCUCCCACGCCUCGCCCCCGCCCCAGCCGCUCAUCCUCGACCCGUCCCUCCGCUUCCCACUCACUUCGCGCAUCCUGAACGAGUGGAACACGAAACCGGCCCUGCGUGGACGGACGCUGAAGCAGCCGUGGAUCCUCUGCGGCCCAGACGUCUCCAGCGACAGAAUCCACGAGGUCGAACAGGCCGGUGCGAGGGUUGUGCCCGUCCCGCUCGAUCCCAAUGGUCGCAUCCCUCCGUCGUCCCUUCCUUCCAUCUUGACCUCUCUCGGCCUCAGAUCCGUCAUGGUCGAAGGCGGCUCACGCGUUCUUUCCAGCUUUCUCCAUACCCUCAAAAGAGACGAUGGCAGUAAGCUUGUGGACAGCGUCGUGGUCACUGUCGCCCCGACGUUUAUCGGUCAAGGCGUCGGUGUCGUUCCAGAGGGCGAAGACAAGGGCCUUCCAGGGCUCCAAACUGUACACACGGAGACGAUGGGCAAGGACACUGUCAUGGUCUGUACAGUCGACGUCGAAUAAUCCUCCCUUGAGAUCUCGUGUGAAUGAUAUCGCUCAGAAACCACAGUAUUAUGUAUACAUUAUUGGCAUAUGUAACAAGCUACCAAAACCACACCAAAGCAUACACGCUACCGGCCCAAGAAUAGGAAAGAGCGUCUCUCUCUCUCUACAGGUCAUAAACAUCGUCAAACGUCUUGACAUGACACAUAAUGUCCUUUUCGGCUGGUACCUUUCCCCAUCUGUUUUCCCAAACAGCAGCAUCUCAAAACUCCCAAGCACCCCCCGCCUACCCUAUAGCCACUCCAUGCACCGGCACAUAAUCCGAAUCAAUCUCACCAGGCUUCAUGUUUUCCAACAGCUGCUGCAUGAAUUUGCUCUC